AUGGAGAACUGGAAGAAACAGUCCGACGCAGCCUUUAACUAUGCAGAUUCUCCAGAGGAGAAAAGUGAUGUGAGUCCUCCCCCCAUUUCUAGCACACAGGAGAGCUGGCACCAUACGACACCCUUUCCCAGAUCCUUGCAGAAACAGAUCAUACAUCGCAAACUAAAAGAGGAGAAAAAAGUGCUGCAGGAGGAAAUCAAGGCAUUGUGGGAGAAAUGCAGUGAGCUGCGAAUGGAGAUCAAGGCUUUCCGAGAGGAUAACAAAACCAAGGCAUUGUGGGAGGAGAUCCAUGCCUUCAAAGAGAAAAACAAGGGCUUCAUGGAAGAGAUCAAGAGUUUCUUGGAGGACAGCAGAGUUUUCAUGGCUGAAAUCAAGGCUUUCCAGACCAAGAAGACAGAUGUUCAGGACAAGGUGAGCGCCUUUCAGGAGAAGAUUGAGACAUUCCAGCAGCAGAUCAAGGCCACAGAGGAGGGCAUUGUCUCCUUGGAGGAAAGGAAUGAAUCUUUCCGAGAUACCAUCAAAGCCUUCCAGGUGAAGAACAAGGAGUUCCAGGAAGCAAACAAAGGCAUGCGCGAGAAGAACAAAUCCCUUCAGGAGAAGAUGGAAAAUGUUGAAGAGAAGAAUAAGUCAUUUUGGAAGGAAUGCAAGGCCUUUUGGAAGAAGGACAAAACUUUCUGGGAAGAGGACAUGGCUAUAUCCAGGGACAAAAUGGCCCUCUGGGAAGAGUAUAUAGCACUCCGGGAUAAUGACCAAGACCUCCAGGAAGAAAAGGCAGGGAUGUGGGAUAUGGUGGAAGCCCUCUGGGAUGUGAAGUACUCCGUCUGGAAAGAGAUAAAUGGGUUUCCAGAAGAACUGCAACAUGAGUUCGAGGUGGAAGUUGUAGGCAAUGGUGCUGAUGGAGAUCAUGACGAGCCACCCGAUGAAAUGAAAGGGGUGUGA